GAGUCAUCCGGAUACGAUCAUGGGACAAAAAUUGGCAGCAAAACUGCAGCUGCCUGCUUGGUCCUCGACGACGCAUGAUUUACUUGUCAAGCUCUAACGCCACGAAGACGACAUGCCCCUAGAUUGCACGGUUAACUCGGAGAAAGGCUAACAUGGCUAGCAGUACAAGACUACAGUCCAAGCUGCUAUUGGUAUAUUGGCCGAUACAGGUUGAGAAUGCAUGAUUCCUGCGUCGACUGCUGCUGGUACAUCAACGUGAUGUUGUUGUCGAGUUGGCUUUGCGUCGCUGGAUCUGGUGCGGCACAUCCGACCAACCGGUGAAGGAUCCCAGCCCUCGACUCCACCGACUUGGAUAGUCGCCUGAUGUAUCCAUAUUCCUAUGGUCGAUCCAGGAUCGUUCGGAUCGUUUUUUGGUAUCACCAGCUCCACGCUCGCGCAAGACUGUCAGCAGCAGAGGCUCGCAAGGAGCUAAGGACAAAAUCCAAUUUGUUUGCCUUCCGCCGUAUCCGGAUACCGGAUAGUUCCAUUUUUGAUUUGACAUGGCCAGCAUCAGCGACCGCUUCGUCAAGUGCCCCGCUUGCCACGUCAACAUCCCGAAGCAGGACCUUGCGAUGGGCGAGGCGCCGGCCUGCACCGUGUGCCACGCGCCGUUGCCAACGACGCUCUUUGCGGCGGCGGCGAGCGCGGCGCCCGCCAAGCCGACCAUCCAGCACCGGUGGGUCGCGCUGACCUCGCGCCGAGGCAAGACGUACUACCACAACAACGAGACCGGCGAAGACCGCUGGGACAAGCCCUCGGACUUUGAAACGACGGUCUCGGUGCACGAGGCGCCGCCAGCCUUUGUCCCGUUCAAGAACGACGAUCCGGUCCGCAACGCCAUCUUGUUGCAGCAGUCCAAGCAAGAAGCCAAGAAACAUGGUAUUCCCGAGAGCGUUGUGAAUGCGCUUGCCAAGCAACGCGACACCGACGCGCCAUCGCUCGAUGCGACGAUCGCUGCGAUGCAGAUGCAGGCUUCGGCGGCCAAGGCUGCGCCUGUCCGCGCUGCCCCAACGUCGACGCCGACACCGCCAGCGCACGAGACACCGAUGCCUGCACCUGCGAGCGUCGACGACUCGUCCUCGUCGUCCUCGUUGUGCUGCCUCAUGUAACACGAACGAGCUACGGCGUCGUUGAAACGUGCA